AUGGUGACGUACUCUGAGAAUGUGAAGGUGACAGUCCCGUUAGAGAUCGAGAAGGAAGGGAGCUGGACGGCGUUUACGGAGAUUUUGGGGUCUUUGGGCUUGAAGAGAGAGAAGAACACGAUAAGAACAACAAUGGCUAUGAACAUUAGGAAGAUUAUAGCCACUAUGCACGAGGCUAAAUUUGUGCGUCCACUUGGUGGCUUGCGAGGGUUUGUUUUCGCCAUUGCUGAUCUGGUCUAUAAGCUUUUUGUACAGCAAAUAAUUGCUACUGAAUCUGAGAAAUCUGUGAACUCCAGUGUGUUUGAGCGUGAUGAUGGAGAAGUGUCUUGGAUGUAG